AUGCGCGUCAGCUUCUUCAUUCUACUCGUCGCUACUGCACUCAUGUCUACGACUAAAGCCGUAGACAAUAUCGACGGCUUCCGUACCGCUCGAAACUUAAGAGAGCAUCACGAUGAUGAAGCAAGAUCAAUCUCGAACAUCAUCAAACGUAUGAAGAUCUUGCAAGAUAAACGAAACUCGGCGAAAGUGGAAAAGUUACUGAAGAGGGACGUCUCCGCUAAAACGCUGUAUAAGAAGACCAAAGUCCAUCCCGAGAAGCUGCACGACAUUUUGAAUCUGAAGAAAUUGCAUGAACAGGAAAUAAAGUCGCGGUCAACAAACGCCUACGUAAGCAAGCAGUUCCAGAAGUACACGGACUACAAGGAAAUAUGGAAAUAG